CCUUCAACCCCCCCAUUUUCUCCUUCCCUUUUUGUUUUCUCUCCUCUCUUUUCACAUCACUUCAUCUCCAUCUUUCACUCUCCCAUACAACAAACACAAAACUAAACCAUUUCCUGAAUUUCUUCUUUUGUUUCUGUCAUCUCUCUAGACAAUGUCGACGACAGAGAAGGAGAGAGAGACUUACGUUUACAUGGCCAAGCUCGCCGAACAAGCCGAGCGAUACGAAGAAAUGGUUGAAAGUAUGAAAAAUGUUGCUAAACUUGAUUGUGAGCUGACUGUGGAGGAGAGGAAUCUCCUCUCUGUGGGAUACAAAAACGUCAUUGGUGCUAGGCGAGCUUCGUGGCGUAUAAUGUCUUCAAUUGAGCAGAAGGAAGAGUCCAAAGGAAAUGAGCAAAAUGUUAAACUUAUAAAAAGUUACCGUCAGAAAGUGGAGGAGGAACUUUCCAAGAUCUGCAGUGACAUUUUAAGCAUUAUAGAUAAGCACCUGAUUCCCUCCUCCUCCUCUGGGGAGGCCACUGUGUUUUACUACAAGAUGAAAGGUGACUACUAUCGGUAUCUUGCUGAGUUCAAGACUGACCAGGAAAGGAAAGAGGCAGCUGAACAGUCAUUGAAGGGCUAUGAGGCUGCUUCCAGCACUGCCAGCACAGACCUUCCAUCAACCCACCCAAUCCGUCUUGGCCUUGCACUUAACUUCUCAGUCUUCUAUUAUGAGAUCAUGAAUUCUCCUGAGAGAGCCUGCCAUUUGGCUAAACAAGCUUUCGACGAGGCAAUUGCAGAGUUGGAUACCUUGAGUGAGGAAUCAUACAAGGAUAGCACUUUGAUCAUGCAGCUGUUGAGAGAUAACCUCACUCUCUGGACUUCUGAUUUGCCUGAAGAUGGAGGGGAAGAUAACUUCAAAGCUGAAGAAUCCAAGCCUGCUGAACCUGAGGUAAAUGCUUAAAGAAGUUCUCAAUUGAAGUUCAAUAAACUUACGGGGUUUGCCAUUUCUAAUGGUCUAUUCUUUUCCUGCAUCAGCAUUGAUGGGAAAUUGUAGCCAGUGAUCCUUCCUUUUAGUCCUACAGAAACAAGAUGAUAAGAUCCAAUCAAUUGCUUUCAUCUUAUUUUAAUUAUCUUUCUGUUCAAUUUCAUUUCAAUGUCGUGCUUUUGUUUAUGAUCUUUAUGUGACGCGUGGAAAUUUCU